AUGACCGAACCUAUCGAAGAAAAGUCAGAUGAAAGUAGUUCAAGUUUUAACGGGGAACCACCAAUAAUAAUAGAACCCACUACUACUACUGAAACCAUAUCUGCUCUUGUCAAUGGGAGUUCAUUAGUUGAUUCAAAUACUAUUCAUCAUUCGAGAGAGAGCAGUCCGCAAACUGUACGUCGUCGUAGUAGUAGUGUAUCAAUUAUUCAAGCUCUUGGUAAUACACGUCAUUUACUUUCAACGAAUGAUGCUCGAAAACGAAAUUUUCUAGUGGGAGCAUCUAGACAAGUACCAGAAAAUACAGCAAAUGACAUUAAUUCAGUUUUUCCGUCGGGACGAGUAUUGACAAUCAUGAUGGUCACAUGGAAUACAGGUGAAGCAUCAAAAUUAUAUGAACAAAAUUAUACUCCAACAGCGCGACAAACUAUACAACCAAAAGAGCGUAUGCUCGAUGAUAUGUCUGAUAUAUUGCUACCGACAUUUAUUGAUUAUGUUUCGGAUUUGAUUAUUGUCUGUACUCAAGAGAUGUCUGUUGCAAAAAAACGAAUUGACUGGGAAAUUUUACUUCAAGAAGUUAUUGGACCAGCGCACGUGCUAUUUCAUUCAAUACAUUUCGGUACAUUAUCAUUAUGUAUAUUUUUACGACGUGAUUUAAUAUGGUUUUGUACUGAACCCGAAGAAGAUAUUAUUAAAUUUCGAGUCGUAGGUCCUGUUCGUACUAAAGGUUCAUUAGUAAUAACAUUCAAUUUAUUUGGAACAUCAUUUAUGAUUAUUAAUUCACAUUUUGAAGCCGGUCAUGGUACUGAAGGUCGUGCAAAUAGACGAUUAAAUUUCUAUAAUACAACAACAAAAUUAACAAUACCACAUGAAUUUAUUCAAAGAACUGUUCAAAAAACUAAACGUAUAACAGCUUUAGUCGAACCUUAUGCUUCACAAAAUACGGAAUCGAAUUCAUCAGUGAGUUCUACGUCGCGUGCAGAUCUCGACAUAACAAAAUCAUGCGAUUGUGUUUUUUGGGCAGGUGAUAUGAAUUUUCGAAUUGAUAUUUCACAUGAUCAAGUAUUAGAACUUUGUAAAGAACAAAAUUAUAAAGAAAUUUUAGUUAAAGAUGAAUUCCGUUUGUCACAGACAAAUCCAAACGAUAUCUAUGCUGCUUUCAAAGAAGCUGAUAUUGAAUUUCCUCCAACCUACAAAUUUGAUUUACGAUAUGAUGAUGAUGAUAUUUAUGCCAAACACAGGACACCUUCAUAUACAGAUCGUAUUCUCUAUCGCGAUAAGCCAACAUCAUUGAUUGAAUGUACACAAUAUAAAUCCGUGGCAGGUGUAAAACAUUCAGAUCAUAAACCUGUUCUUGCACAUUUUCGUGUUAAACUCAAACCCGGUUUACACACAGGAAAUCUUUCGUAUGGACAAUUUAAUCAUGAAGUUUACAAAAGUGGUUGUAAACAACGUGAAAGGCAUCAUUCUCUGGGUGUUGGUGUAGCACAUAAUCCGAAACGCCGAACAGCAAUUCAAAGAAGUUCUGUUUGUGUAAUUCAGUGA